AGGUCGAGCGGACAGCGACGAGCUGGUGGCACUGAUGGCGGCGGAAGUAGACCGCAAACUUGCCAGAAUCGAGAUUCCUGGAGCCUUUUCUGACGAUGUGCCUACUUCGCCAGGUGUUCAGAAUCAAGGGAAGAGUACCGCGACAAGGACAACUUCCAUUAGCAACUACAACAAAUCGACGAACAAACUCGACGGAGCUUCUCCAGGCAGUGCGUCUCCCACAAGGACCGACCUUGGGCAGAACAAGAGCUGGAGACAGCAGGAAAACGAAAAGCACGGGACGGGCGCUUCAGCCGCAGCCGGGCGCAAGGAAACGCUGCCGCCGAAAGGAAAGGAUGGAUUAAGAAAACAGAAAGAGGUUUUUCAGGCAGGCGACGCCGAGGGCCGCCACGCAACGUCGAAGGUACGGACCACUCGUAGUCGGAGUCCCGAGAGUUUUGCAGUUGCGCGAGAAGUCGGAGGACCAGGAGGAGCCGCGCCUUCGACCGGCAAGGCCUCCACGACAAGUCCAAAAAAGAAAGGGAGCGGCCCUACUGUGGUAACCUCGAGUUUAGGAACAGGCGCCGCAGUUGCGUCGACUGGAGAGAGGGACCGGAAUUUGAACCAGGAGCAGGGACUCUCGUUAGCGGGCACUCCGAAGUUUGGAGGCAGCAGCGCUUCCAACACGCGCGAAAAUAGCAAGCGCAAUAAUUCGAUCGACGGUCCUAUGCCACCUCCAGUGCCAAUUCAUCCGCCAGGCAAGCCGGAUGUGGCAACGCUGUCGCACCCGCACGGCGAGGAAGAGAGCGACAAGGUGCCGAGAUACUGGAACUCCGAAGGCGAGGUGUUUCCCAUGCAGCGAUUCAACGACUUCGCGGAGCCCUACAACGAAAAGAUAAUCGAGAUGGAAAAGGCGUACAAGCGCGGUGACUAUGAGCCCUUCAAGGACGACUAUGUGGCCGCGACCAACGCCAAGACGGCAGAAAGGCAUAAUCACCCGCCAGAGAACCAGUACAACACGCCCGACCCGGGAGAGGAGCGCGUGCAAAAAGUUGUGGAUAAGCGUAUCGCUGCAGCUGCAGGGAGCAAAGACUCAGCGGGCAAAGAGUCUUCAACAGCAUCAGCGGGUGGAGGAAAUAACCGUAUGUCGCGUCCGGGCUCCGGUCAUUCGGACCCGGACAUCAAUGCUGAGAUUUUGGGUGGUGGAGACUUGCUAAAAUUCCGUUCAGAUGGCUUCAAAGCAUCAAAUGAGGCCGAGGCGGCAGGAGCAGCGGCGUCGGCCAAUUCCACAUUGACCGACUACAGCGGAUUCGCAGUGGGAGAAGCGCAGAUGCACCGCACCUACGACUCCAACCUAGGAACAGAUGGGGGAGGAAUGCCCGAGCCGCCUCCAGGUGGUGAGAUGAGUGAGGAGCACAGCGACCAUGCAAGCGCUGGUGGGAACGCGGCAGUGCCGAAUCCCGUAGUGCGGGACUUGCCCGGUUGCUACUUUGAAUAUGAUCCCUCGGGCGCGUCGGUGUACCAAUUCGAUGUGAACGGCACCGUAGUCGCAGUUCUCACAGACGCGCAGUACCGAGAGUUCUACUAUGGCCAAAACUACAUGGCUCCGAUCGAUGAGGGCGAAGAAGAGGAAGAGGAGACGGAGCAGCAUCAAGAAGGAGCGCACAACAUGCUAGCAGAAGGAAGCCACUGUCGCUCGGCCGUCAGUUCUCGAGGCUUCGGCGGCUCCUCGACCAAUCCGCUAGUGACUCACGGAACUGCCGCGGCGGCCAUUUCGCACAGCCCGAAGCGAGGCACCAUUUAUUACGGCGAGGCGUCGCCAUCCGCAAAAGCGCACUACAAUAAUCGGACGACAUCGUUCACUACUGGCAACAAGCGCAAUUACAUCAACAGUAAGAUCGUCAGUGGUCCAACUACAUCUUGUUCUAGUCGCUCUCCCAAUUCCCGAAUCAAAACUGCAGUAAAAACACCGCUUCCUGUAAGUCAGGGGGACGUGCUAGAGUAUGAUCCGGACCAGCUGCGUCAUUUUUGUCGGGCUAAGCUCCUUGAGGGCGCGGGCGCGCUGAACUACGUGUUUGAGCGUCGACGGAAUUGGGAGGACGAGGCUCGGGGUGGGCGUGCUGCUAUUCUGGACCAGCAUGAGGCGAAACUCGUGGCCACUGCAGCGGAGCGCGUCGACCAGGAGCUGGAGGAGAAGUACCCAGAGUUUGCUCUGGAACGGCGGUUGUUGAAUGACGCAGCGCCUAACGAGCCUUUUGCUCCAGGAAAGAAGGGCAUGAGUCUGGACGCUCGUGAAGUGGAGGCCUCAAAGCAAGGCUCAUUGCCGGGCGUCAAAAACGACCACGCCCUUCGGAAUCUGUUUCUGAAACCGAAUGCUCUCGUCGUUCCAACAACGAUCGAUGCGCGGCCGGAGGGUUUCUCUCCGAAAGGACAUAAGAGUGACAAUGUCGACAGUUAUGCUUCUUCACCAAAAAAUGAGCAGAGAAGCAGAAACAUGGACCUGAACAACAAGAACAAGAAGAACAUGAAACAGGCUAACAAUUAUGGUACGGUGGACGGCCAUGGCCAUGCGUCCAUGCACACAAGCUACACGGAGAAGCAAUUUGUCAGUCUACAGCGUCCUGCGCUGGCAGUGCAGGAUAAAGCAGCCCGGCAAGAGCGGAAAAAGUCGGAGUUUCUUGGUCCGAAGGCUGAGAGGUUCGAGAAGGCUAUCCGGAAAAUCACCGGUCACAGUGUUCGCGACCUAGUCGAAAAAGCAGCCAAAAAACACGGAAUCAUUUGUGCGGCGGCAGGCCAGAUCGAGGAAUCGGAGAUGGCGCUCAAGGCUGGGGACCGAGUUGGGUUGAUGGCUUCGAAAGAAAAUCAGGUACUUGUUUCUAGAUACACUCGGCAACACUGAGCCUGAUGACAGCAUCUGCACUGAAUGCGAUAGGACGCAUUUCUUCAUCGUUGUAGAGCGAAUGAGUACGUGAGGUGGAUAUUCUUGCGAUGAGGUGAGAGAAUGUUUGUUUUUCUGUUGUACCAGAUAUACAUAGUUCUUAGAAGUAGUUCUCUUCAAGAAAAAAUUAUACAAGAAACUUCUCAAAGGUUCAGGUUGUUGUGCAAUUCCAUAAUUCAUCACUCUUACUUUCACACCAGGGCCUGUAUCUGCCCGAAAAGCAAGCCCAGAUGGAGAAAAUCAAUGAGUUUUAUGAGAAAAAGUGGACUCUUGUGAUGGAUCGAAUCGAUAAGGAUCUGCUGCUAGAGGAGGAAGAGUACAGACGAAACCGUGAGUUCGCUAUCCUGCAUGGACAAGACCGCAAUACCUCUGGAUCUAACUGGCAGAAACCGCGUAUGCAAAAGAAGACGGCUACCUUAGGGGAUUCUGGUGAACAACAAGGAAACGUAGAGGACGAAGAGAAUGCGGAGAAAGGUGCUGCUAACAAGGAUGGAUCUGGCGAUGUAGGAACUGAACCACAACACCAGCGCCGGGAACAGCCAUCGGCUGAGGCUGGUGGUGACGGUGAUACCACACCGGGAUUAGCGUCGAAGAGCGUUCGUUUGAGUGUUCUUGAUGCAACAAGUGCUGAUCAAGCAGCAGCAGCAGCGGCAGAAGGUGGUGUAGUUGAGGGUGAAUAUGAUCCUAUUUCUGCUUUGAAAUCAGAGGCGCUUUCUUCUCCCACUGCGGAUAAACCCAGACAAGCAGAGUUUCAGGAGGAAGAAAAGCGGAAACGUGCGGAGCCCUUGCGGGAUGGGACCUUGCGGUUGAUGACAGGCAUUCGCAUGCCUGGUCACGAGUCGCCCAUUGGCUACCGCUACCGAGAUCGUGACUACGACCCGCCAGGGGCCUUCUCCGACGCUCAUUCGCCUGCCGCUCUCGCGCGUCGGCGGGGAGAUGCUACGUCCCCGACUGUGUCCGACAUCUGCAACCUGACUACGGGCGGAGGAGCGCCCAUGACCCGACUCUUUCCCACGAUCCAGCAGCCGCAGGGACUGCGCGUGAAAGACUGGAUGGCCGACUACGAAGACAACAAGCUUGCUAGGAUGGGGAACUAUCCAAAACUGCGUGGCCACGAUGAGAGCCGCUACUAUCGAGGACCCUACGGCCUGUCCAUGACGAAGGAGAGUCGGGAAAUCUGCCACGAGAAAACUAGGCAGCGCGAGCAAGAGAUGCGCGAUACGUUGCACUGCGAUCGCAUGGGCGGGUGGCACGUUAACAAGGGUGUCCCCAAUGCGAGCUUCGACAAGUCAGUGCAGCCCCUCUACGUCUUCCAGGCGGAUGAGGACGAGGUUCUAGGAGGCAUGGCCAAAUUAGCGAAACGCGACCGCGAUCAACGUUGUAAUACUACGUUAUCCACCUCUAGGAACACAAACACACUCCCGACAGGAGGAGGUAAAGAAGAUUGGAAAGUAACAUCACCCGAAACUGCGAGAAGUAACAGGCAGGGCAAGAAUAAUAUAACUGGUGCUGCGGCAGAGCAUCUGCAGAAGAGCCCGCUGCAUGGGAAUACUACGAGUUGUCCUCUGCCCUUUCAAAUCGGUGCUGAAGGGCAGUCGUCCUUGGUGAAUGACUUGACUUCUACUAGCAGCUUGAAUAGGACCACGCUCGAACGUCUACCGGAUACCACGACUGUUACAUCCGAAAUGGACGUCUUAAGCCCUGGCGGCGCUGGUGCGGCUCCAGUAGAGCUAUUGGGAGAACUUGAAGUUGAAGGUCUAUGCAAGCAAGAGGGGCUUUCUUCUUCGAGUGCCGCGAGCAGUUCCACGAGUCCAUUUCGCGCUACGCGAGAGUUGCAUCUUCAAGCAGCUUCUUCUGGUAUGAAGAGCCCAGGAGGGGUGGACUCGAAAUCAGCAAGAUCAUCAUCACCCAAGUCGCCCUCGUCCAAAAAGGACCCAGCUUGGAGCAUUCGGGAUCAAAUAGCCGGUCUGAAGAAAUCUUUGAAAGGCGUCGCUAGAUUUAGAUGACGAUCUUCCAGGAAGGGAAAGGGCGGAUAGAAGAGGGGGAAGAUGCUAGAAGAGUUGCCGCACUACUCGUCCUGGAUGAACCAAGAAUCGCUAGAAGUUUCCUCGGACUACGAGAGCACUGCAGCAUGCUACUCCUGUAGCUGCAACGGGAUGGUUCCCUCUCUUCCAACCGACUUCGUCGUGCAUCUCUCUGCAUACGUGCAAGUUAGAAACAGUAC